AUGCACGACCACACCGAGAAGCUGCUGCGGUGUGUACUCCUGUUCCAUGAUCCAUCCACCAGCCAUGUGUGCAAGUGCAACACCUCACCAACCCCAUGGCAGGCGGGCAUUGGAACGGACGCCACGAUGCACGACCACACCGAGAAGCUGCUGCGGUGUGUACUCCUGUUCCAUGAUCCAUCCACCAGCCAUGUGUGCAAGUGCAACACCUCACCAACCCCAUGGCAGGCGGGCAUUGGAACGGACGCCACGAUGCACGACCACACCGAGAAGCUGCUGCGGUGUGUACUCCUGUUCCAUGAUCCAUCCACCAGCCAUGUGUGCAAGUGCAACACCUCACCAACCCCAUGGCAGGCGGGCAUUGGAACGGACGCCACGAUGCACGACCACACCGAGAAGCUGCUGCGGUGUGUACUCCUGUUCCAUGAUCCAUCCACCAGCCAUGUGUGCAAGUGCAACACCUCACCAACCCCAUGGCAGGCGGGCAUUGGAACGGACGCCACGAUGCACGACCACACCGAGAAGCUGCUGUGGUGUGUACCUGUACCUGCAACACCACCCAUCCCCGCUCCCCCCCUCCUCAUGCAGGCGGGCAUCGGAACGGACGCCACGAUGCACGACCACGAUGCUGCUGGACCGUUGCUAUGCCACCAAGGACGCCAACAUCCGCUUCAAGCCCACGCCCCUUGUGAGUUGACGCAAGAGUUGGCAUGA